AUAAAAUAAAAAAAUAUCCUACUGCUGUGUCUUCCCUCUCUCUCUCUCUGUGUUCCCUCUUCAUCUCCAAAAGGUGACAUGAACCACACCGUUACGCUUCUGUUUCUUUUCUUCUUGAUUCCUUCGCAAGCAAUCUUCUCCGCUUUUUCUCGUCUACUAACCUGAAACCGACAAACUUGGUACCUUUCCGGGGAAGAUGGUUUCCUUUGCCUUCGUCGCUGGAUUCUUGCUAGGGAUCCUUUCCCUCUUAGCGGCGGAAGCUGCCGCCUUUCUGUACCUCAUAAACCGAUUGAAUCGGAAGAUAAACCUCCAAGAAUCGAAUACGACUAGCUCUGUUCCUCCAAAGUCUAUUGAUUUCAAUCUCAGCAAACAGGGAGUGAUUUGGAUUCUUGAGUCUGAUGAGAGUUUAAGGGAUUGGAAGAAGGAGAAGAAGAAGAAGAAAGACCUCUUGGAGGUGCAUCCAGUGAGGAAGACUGCUAGUAUCAAAGACCACAAGCUCAUCAUCUCAAACGCAGAUGGCACUCAGACGAUUGUUACUUUGAAAGGUUGCUCCGUUGAGGCUGUUUCAGGGUCUGAACUCCCCACAAGGAAAUGGGCUAAAAGAUAUCCUCUCAAAGUAGAAAGCAAAGGUCCAGACUUGUACAAGAAGGGAAACAAGGUGUUUUACAUCUUCCUCGAGACAUCUUGGGAGAAGGAGUCAUGGUGUAAGGCUCUUCGUCUCGCUGCUUGCAAUGAUCAAGAAAGAGCCACCUGGCCUACCAAGUUGAAACACGAUUUCCAGAACUACGUAGCUUCCCUUGAUGUUGCGUAUCCUUCUUCUUUUACAAAACAACCAUCACCAGGUGGGUUUGAGUUGGAGUCAUUGGACAACAACAACAAGGGAGGGGUUAAAAUAGAUGGUCCUGGACCUUCAUCGAGAGUUCGUUUGUUCUUGAAGAAAUUCUCGAGAAAGAAAGUUCAAGACAAGAAGACUUCUUCAUCAGGUAGCUCUGGAAGAAGCACCCCAGCGAGAAAGAUUCCUGAGGAAACUGAUGUGCAAGAUUUCUCACGUUCUUGGAGCCGUGGCAGCAGUCAUGUCUCUGAUGUAGACUCGGAGGACAAGUUCUUUGUUGCUGAUGAAGGAACUUUGGUCUGCAACUUGCUCAUCUCUCGGCUGUUUUUUGAUGUUAAACUGAACACAGGGAUAAAGCAUGUAGUCCACGAACGUAUCCAGCGUGUGUUGUCCAACAUGAGACUUCCCAGCUACAUAGGUGAUUUAGUCUGCCGUGAUGUGAAGAUUGGGAAUCUCCCGCCUUGUAUACAUGGUGCAAGGGUUCUUCCAGUGGAGAUGGAUGGUGGUGUGUGGGCGUUUGAACUAGAUGUUGAGUACAGUGGUGAUGCGGGUCUAGUAGUUGAGACACGUGUUGAUGCCAGAGCGGAAGAUCUGCAGAAAGGGAUAAAACUGCAGCCAAGUUCUUCUGGGGAUGUUCCCAUAGAUCUCCUUGAAGGCCUUGCAGAGUUUGAAAAGCAGUUAAGUGUUGAUGAUGCUCAAGAUGUGAAAACUGGAGAUGAAUCUAAGGGAUCAAAAGCAGCUCCAAACAAUGGAUCUAAGUGGAAGUCUAUUCUGAAGAACAUAGCUGAGCAAGUCUCUCAGGUUCCAAUUAAUUUGUCAAUAGGAGUCUCCUCCCUUAGAGGGACACUGCGUGUACACAUGAAGCCGCCUCCAUCUGAUCAACUAUGGAUUAGCUUCACAACCAUGCCUGAUAUUCAUUUCGACCUUGUCUCAUCUGUUGGUGACCACAAAAUCACAAACAGCCAUGUUGCUACCUUCUUGAUCAACCGGUUUAAGAACGGGAUAAGAGAUGUGAUGGUGCUUCCCAACUGCGAAAACAUAACCAUUCCGUGGAUGAUAGCUGAAAAGGAUGAUUGGGUUCAACGCAGUGUUGCGCCGUUCAUGUGGCUGAAUCAAGAUGAUCAUGAAAGCUUAGAAGCUAAAUCUAAAGCUGACAAGCCGCCGAGUUCUGAACUAGCGAAUAAAACUACUACCAACGUUCCCAAGAAGCCAAGAACUGAGGAAGUACCUGUAGCUGCUCCAUCAGCAGCUAACGCUGCAGCUCCUUUGGUAGAAAGUGACAGAUUAAUGGAGGAACACAAGACUCCGCUGCUGGAAACAAGCGAAAAGCAGGAUACUAUAGCACGAGAAGGCGACGAAGAGGAGGCUACUCCGGUUAGUGUCGGGUCAUCAUCGAGGUCUAUUUUGUCAAGUGAAGAGGAGGAUGAUUCCAAGGGAAAGAAAAUGGGAAGAAAAGAGAGGAUGUUUGAUUUUAGGAAGAAGGUUGGAGAGAAGUUUGAAGAGAAGAAGCGUCAUGUGGAGGAAAGAAGUAAACAGAUUGUUGAUAAGAUGAGAGGACCUUGACUUGACACAAGUGUUCAGAACAAGAAGCUUCUUUAUUAGAUUUAGCCUAGAAUACUGUUUACUUGUAUACCAAAAGAACUCAAUUGUAAAAUCUUUCUUUAUUCUUAAUAUUACAACAAACAAAAGUGUAGAA